AUGGCAUCUUACCAUAGCUUAGAGGGUGACGCAAUGUCUUUGAUGGUCCAUGACACCAACUCAGUCAAGACAGAGGAAUUUGUCAAAGAUGAACAGGUCCAGGAGCAGAGUUCGGAUAAAGUGGAUCCGUCCCAAAAGCCCCCUUACUCGUAUGUUGCGUUAAUUGCGAUGGCAAUCAGGGAUAGUUCAGAAAAGAGGCUGACUUUAUCGGGUAUCUACCAGUAUAUAAUUACCAAGUUCCCUUUCUAUGAGAAGAAUAAGAAGGGUUGGCAAAAUAGCAUUCGACAUAAUUUGAGCCUAAAUGAAUGUUUCAUUAAAGUGCCACGGGAAGGUGGAGGCGAAAGAAAAGGGAAUUAUUGGACCCUGGACCCAGCUUGUGAGGACAUGUUCGAGAAGGGAAAUUACAGACGCAGGCGACGGAUGAAACGACCAUUCAGACCCCCCACCGCUCACUUCCAGCCGGGGAAAUCUCUCUUCGGCGGUGAAGGAUACAGCUAUCUGUCCCCUCCCAAAUACAUCCAGUCCAGCUUCAUGAACAACACCUGGCCGCUUAACCAACCUUCCCCGCCGAUGUCCUAUGCGUCAUGUCAAAUGGGAAAUGGCAAUGUGAGUCCCAUCAAUGUGAAAGGUCUCUCCGCUCAUUCCUACAAUCCGUACUCUCGAAUGCAGGCAAUGGGCUUCCCAAACAUGAUCCCGAACUCGUAUAACGGCAUGAGCCACCACCAGCAUCAGCCAGAGCAGCUAGGCGCACCCACAGCAGCGCCUUCCCCAGUGCCUUCCAGUAAUGCGGCGAGCCUACAGUUUGCUUGUGCCCGUCAACCGAGCGAGCUGUACUCUUACUGGGAUCAUGAGGCGAAACAUACUGCGUUGCAUUCUCGGAUUGACAUUUAA